AUGAAUACACCCAUAGAUGAGGGUUUAUAUACAUUUAUAGUAGAGGCAUUUUACGAAGAAGAUGGAACCAAUCCGACAUCUCUUACAAUUCCAAGUUUUGAAAGCCCAUGGUACACAAUAAAGGCACAGAAUCCGGCUAAAAAAAAUCUCAUCAUAAGCCAUAAUCUUGGGGAGUAUCCAGCGUUAGUUGAUGUGCAAAUAAAAAUACAUAAAAAUGGAAAAGAUUUUAUUUUUACCGGAAUUGGAUCAGCACACAUAGAUGACGACACAAACAAUCCUUACGGAGGAACUGUGUACAUUUAUAAUCAUAUUGACAUUGUUCUUACAUUUCCACUGAAGAACAACGAUUUUGAAACAGGAGGCAUUGCAUAUACAGGUUCCCAUAAAUUAUACAAUGGUCCAUCAAAACUAGAAGGACCAUUUAUGACGGGAAUGGUGAAGGUCAGAGCUUGGCGAAACUCGGACAUGCCAAAACUUCAACUUAAUAUGUUGGUUAGUGUCGACAACGGUGCUGACAGCUAUACGGAGAUCAACCAUACACUAGGUUUUUAUCCAGAUAUUAUGUCAGUCAGAACUCACCUUGCUAAUGGAUAUUUAUCUGAUGCACAAGGAUCUGCAUUGGAGUCAUGUUUGUGUAAUAUGGGCGGAGUUAUAUAUGGGUUUGACCAUCAAAAGAUACGAUUGUGGGUGCCAGCUGGUUAUGCUACGUUUUCAUUAGUUGAUGGAUGGGGAGGAUCAUCAGAUGUGUUUCACAACGGUAAUGUAGAAAUCCUUGCAUGGACAAUGGACAAUUUUCACCGUUCAUUCCAGAAAGUUUUUACGGUCAUGAAAAACUGUAGUACACAGUCAAGUUUCCAUUUUCAAGAAGGUUUAGAUUUAAGCAACAUUUUUAUUUCAAUAAAGGUUAGGAUUCCGACUGGAAACAGUAACAACAGUGGCAUGGUGUUUAAUGCUGUAGGAUCCUCAAUGGCGUCUGGAUUGAAUCCAUAUGGUGGAAUAGUUUAUGCGUAUACAACAGACAGUAUAAUGUUUUGGAUUCCAAAAGCAGAAAAGGGACAUCUGAUAUAUAUCGGUGGUAUUUGGGGAUCUGGACAACAGAGUGAAUCUGCAGAUGUAGUAGAUGUGAAAGUUGUUGUAUAUUAUUUAUCAGAUACCCAGUCAAGUGUCACUCAAACAUGUGAUCAGUCCAGUUUCUUCACUUAUUGUCUACAUUUUUAG